AUGGCCACGGAGCCCCUGCGACCGGCGCCGCCCUCGGCGGGGCGCCCCGAAGGCGGGCGCGGGCGCUGCACGGGCGGCGGGCGCGGCGAGGCGGAGGAGGCCGCGGCCCAGCCGGUGCUCGGCGCUUCCCCGGGCCCCGCGGCGGCGGCGGCAGGGGGCCGGCGGCGGGGGCUGAACGGCUGCGUGCCGCUGUCGCACCAGGUGGCCGGACACAUGUACGGCAAGGAUAAAGGCGGUAUACUUCAGCAUCCAGAUGGGACUGUCCUGAAGCAGUUGCAGCCACCACCACGUGGUCCCAGGGAGCAGGAGUUCUACAACAAGGUUUAUGACUCUGACUGUUGCGACAGCGUUCUUCUGGAGCUGCGAGAAUAUCUGCCAAAAUACUUUGGUGUCUGGUCACCACCUACUGCACCAAAUGAUACGUAUCUAAAACUGGAAGAUGUGACCCGUAAGUUUAAAAAGCCUUGCAUAAUGGAUGUAAAAAUAGGUCAGAAAAGUUAUGAUCCGUAUGCUUCAGCUGAGAAGAUACAACAGCAGGUCAGCAAGUACCCGCUGAUGGAAGAGAUUGGCUUUUUGGUACUUGGCAUGAGGGUUUACCAUGUCUCUUCUGACAGCUAUGAGACACAAAACCAGCACUAUGGAAGGAGUUUGACAAAGGAAACAGUAAAGGAUGGCAUUUCAAAGUUUUUCCACAGUGGGUACUGCUUGAGAAAAGAUGUGAUUGCUGCCAGCAUUCAGAAGGUUGAAAAGAUCCUGGAGUGGUUUGAAGGCCAGAAGCAACUUAACUUUUAUGCAAGCUCAUUGCUGUUUGUUUAUGAAGGUUUUUGUCAGCCACCAACCAUGCGUUUGGGUGAUGUCACCUUGGCAGAGAAGGGAGGAGUGCCCAAAGGACUGUUAUCAAGUGGAGAUGUACUGGAGUAUAAUAAUAAUAUUCACGUAAUAAAUUCUACAGAGAAUGGAAAAAUUGAGGCCUCUGUAGGUAAAGGCUUGUCCAAAUUUUAUGCACUUCACAAAAAGGCAUACUCAAAGAGGCAUCACAGUCAACUCUCACUAAAAGUUGAAAACUUGGAGCAAGACAACGUGUGGAAAAGCAGCACGUGCAUUACACAGGAGCACCUGAACGGAAAUGUUAUACCCCAACUGGAAAAAGUUUUUUGUCACAUGCCAGCCGACAUCAAGGAAAGUGCAAACGUAGAAGUCCGAAUGAUAGAUUUUGCUCAUGUGUUCCCUAGCAACACAAAGGAUGAGGGCUACAUUUAUGGUCUGAAGAAUUUAAUCACAGUACUUCAAAAUAUUUUGGAUAACUAAAUUCUUUGCUAUGUUUUUUACUGGGGGCCAAUGAUAAAGAAGAGUAACAACAUGAAGAAUUUCUGCACUUGUAAUGCUGUAUAACUGGGUUUCUAUUGUUCUAUAUUUUAUUUGUCUUUGUACUUUUGGUAGAAGGGUUUAACUUUUUAUAAUCUCACUCAGGAAAAUAAUUGAUAGUUAAUUAGGGAGUGUGAAGGGAUGAAGAUACUUAAGAUUAAGCAGGAUAGGUAAAUUAGAAUGAAAUGUGUAUGGUUGGCUUAAAUCCAAGGAGUACAGCUGUACAAUAAGCAAGGGUUAUGAUAGUUUUUACGACAUUAGCAUAGAUAACAUUUGCCCACUUAGCAUUGACACUGAGCCGUACCUCCAUUAACAGGUUUUUAGAAAAUGGACUGAAAACUAAUGUGCAGGAUUGAUGUCCUCAAUACUGCUCUCUUGUGUUUACUGUGUUCGAGUAACUGGAGUUAACCCCGCUUUGAGAGCAAUCCCAUUGAGUCAGUAGUCUAACCUGGAAGCCAGUGUAUCAAGAAGUGCUUUUCAAUGUCACUGGACAGUAUUGCUGUGGGCAGUUCCCCUCUUGGUUGUCUGUAAUGGACGUUCACCACAGACAAGCUACAACAUAAUUUGUGUUGAGGUGCUAAGAAAAUGCUGGAGUAAAAUAUCCUAACAGGCUUAAACUGCACAACUGCUAGAGAAACUGUUUGUUCCUAAGAAAGAGUAAAAGAAUGUGAAUGGGGAAUGUUCUAGGAAUUAAUUUGGUUUAGGAGGUUAAGUCAAUCUCUUAUGUUGCAACUAAGAAAAAAUGCCUCACUCUUUUGUUCAGAUGGCCCUUCUCUGAAAACAUUAGUUUUAAAAGCAAACUAAUUGAAAGGGGAAACAAAAGUGUUUUGAGUAAGCAUAUGGAGAUUUCCUCUAGCCCUUUGCUGCUUGCAUUUUUUGCAACAAGUGUUUCACAUUUCCAUUGCUGGAGAGCCCUGACUGGAAAUGAGGAGCAAUACAGGUGAAGGACUGUUUACUGCAAAGAUCCAGUUCAGCCCUGGAGCAAGCAGAUGUACCUCUGUGUUUGCAGUGGAGUUGUGGCUCUCUUACCCUGGGCUAAGGAAGCCAGCUCUUUUAUUUAUUUAUUAUUAUUUUUUAAUGACACACAGGUAAGCUGUGUAAUUUGAAAACUGUCCCACUUCUUGCUUUUCCACCGGAAAAAAAUCAAGCUUUCAUACAGAAUGUUUGAGAUCAGGAUGAUGUAUCCAAAGCUUUUUUGGUGUCUCUUCUGUAUGCUGUGUAUGUGGCUACGAGGUGUGUAUAGUCAGCUAUACAAAAAGUUGGGAUGAAGGAGUCUUGCCAUCCAUAGAACACGACUGUAAUGCUUUAAGCAAGUCCCAGAAGUGAAACUUCUUAGAAUGGACUUUAUCAUUGGAAAUUUACAUCUUUCAUGUGUGGACUUAAGGUGACACUGUGGCCUUGCUGCUCUCUCUUAAUGAUGUUCUGCACUGUGCACACAUUUGUGUACUCGCCUUUGCAAGUUCUUGAUUUGACAUCUGUUUUCUAUAUCAGAAGAGAUAAGUACUUUUUCAAGCAAGUACACUGUUUUAAAUAAAGUUGAAAUUUUAGCUCUAUUUGAGAACUUGGAUUGGUUGGAAGCAGUGGUGUGUUAUGUGUAUAACUACGUGGUUUAAACUUUGGAGCUAAUAUCGGCCAAUACAUUCAAGAAUGAAACCAGUCUUGUCAGGAACAUAAUGUUUUUGAAGCAUGAGAAAAGAUGGUUGCAGGAGGGGCAGUGUCAUUUUGUUGAAAGCUUUAUGCAAAUCAAGGCUGAGGAGAAAAUACCAGUAAGAGAAAGUAUGUUUUUUCUACCUGGCAUUUUCAUUGCGCCACAUAGUUAUAAUAUAUUCCCUACUCUCCAUGAACUAAUUUAAGCCAUAUUCUGGAAAGAGUUUGUGGUUUUGUUUGCUUUGAUGCUGGUUUCUCUGUUAAGAUUUUGUUGUUCUAUCCUGUAAAUGGUCAACACUAGAAUAGUCUAAGCUGGUAGUGGCCUUGUGUGGUAAAGUUACAAUGUUUUAUAGAAAAUACAGGGGAAAACAUUUAUACAUCUGAAUCUUUGUCCUCUGUAAUUCAUCUCUUCUGGAUUUUAAUCCAUUUUGUGCCGGAGAAACCAGACAUCUGCCUCAAUUAAUUCAGUCAUUGGAAAAUGAUCUGUAUGCUCUUAAUAUAAGCGCAUUCUCCUGUCUCUGCUUUAAGAUAUGUCUUCAGUGUUUGAAUGCUCUUUAAGUAUUGAUUGUUGUGUUGACUUUGGCAGUGUUUGUAAUGCACCUGGAAUAUUGUUAAACUGUCAGAAUAUUUUGAAUAAAAAAAAACAAAAUAA